CUCACAUAACGGAAACUGCGCGUGAGAGACAUGCGCGUCAGGCAGCGAAGAGAAAGAGAAAAACAUUUCUGCACUUAUGAAGCUCAACUUCACUUCUUCAGCUCGACAGACCUGCCAUUUCCUCCGGGUUUUACUUUCUCGGUCUACGCGGCGUUUCGCGUUUGCCCGCGGAAGCAAGAGAGCAGACGCCGAGGCGCGUUUAAAGUAGCAGGACGUAACGCGAAAAGAGGAGAGAAAGUUUUCAAAUCGCGCUCAUGUUAGGUACUCCACAGCCGAGCGAUGAUUUACUGCCUAAAUUAAUCCUCGGACGCUCCUGAAAAGAAACCCGAGGCGUUCAAGUCCUCGUUUUCGAUUGAUAGUAAGCUUUUUUUCGUCUCUUUACUUGCUAGGGAAACGCCUUUUCAGCCUUAAAGGUAUGUUUCCUCGCUUUUCCUCUUGUCUUCGCGGUGUGCUUUUACGUUUAUUUCGUCUCGAGAUUCAGUUGCUCGUGAUGCGCGAUGAUAAAGCCUGAACAAAAGACAUUGUAUAACUUGUUUUUGCUGGUGUUUGUGGUCUUGUGCCAGUUAUGUGAUCUAGAGUGGGAGGGUCUCCAGAUGUGCUUCCAGAUGUGAGCCGGAGUUCUUCAUGGCAAAAGACAAAAAAUGUGCAAAAAUCUUCCAGAAUGUGUGGAGCUAUUUAAAGUUACACUUAUUACGCGUGUAAAUAAUGGCUUGGUGAGCACUGGGAACUGUGGGGUAAAGGCUUGAAUCUGUUUUGUUUCAAACAGGAAUGAGAGUUGAAUGAGGAGCUGGAUGACAAUGGAAGCCACUUUGUCAAACAUCAUGCUGGCGUCCUGAUUGCUCAGCCGUGGAGUCUUAUCAAUUCGGCGUGUGCAACAUGUGCUGGAAAUCACACAGCCAGCCAUGAAGCAUGCUAUCUGGAUUGCGUGCUCUUAGAGGGAAACGUAGCGAAAAAUAGGCUACCUCGUACGGGACGGAGUGCACGUGACUGCAGCAAUUCUCUUCGCCUGCCGUAGGACGGAAGAAAAGUGCGCUUAAUUAGAACAACAACCUGCUCCCUCAUUGGAUAUCAGCCACGGUUUCCAAGCUUGUCAGUUUUACGCGGUUUACUUUCAAUCUGCGGGGAAAACUAAUGUCUGCCAGUAGUAGCACCUCUCCUCUGACCUUACCUAAACCCUUCGUCCACUCUCAGCAUCAGACUGCACCCCCAACCCCCUCUCCAUCACCCAGCCCUCCGGUGCCACUUUGCGUCCGUCUCUCCAAUGGGAAUCACAGCGUUCCGAGCCCCACCAGCUCCAUCCACGGGGUGUCCUUCCUCCUUCAGAUCGGACUUACUAGGGAGAUGGUCACCCUGGAGCCACACGAUCUGUCCCUCAGUUCUGUGAAGGAUUUGGUCUGUUCCAUAGUCGAUCAAAAGUUCCCAGAAUGUGGAUUCUUCGGCUUGUACGAUAAGAUCUUGCUCUUCCGCCAUGAUCUGAACUCGGACAACAUCCUCCAGCGGCUAACAUCGGCAGAGGAUAUCCAUGAGGGAGAUCUGAUUGAGGUCGUCUUGUCCGCUCAAGCCACAGUGGAAGACUUCCAGAUCCGACCCCAUGCGCUUUACGUCCACUCCUACAAAGCACCCACCUUCUGUGACUACUGCGGAGAGAUGCUGUGGGGACUCGUCCGACAGGGCCUCAAAUGCGAAGGAUGUGGUCUGAACUAUCACAAGCGAUGCGCCUUUAAGAUCCCUAACAACUGUAGCGGUGUGAGGAAGAGACGUCUUUCCAAUGUGUCUCUGCCCGGCCCGUCGCUGUCCGUUCCUCGUCCUGCUCCAGCAGAGCUUGCUGCCGUGAGCCUGGAAGAGCGCCCUCAUCAGGAGCCAGGAAAGCGGAUACCAUCAUGGAGCGGCCGGCCAAUCUGGAUGGAGAAGAUGGUGCUGGGGCGGGUGAAGGUCCCUCACACCUUCGUCAUUCAUACCUACACGCGCCCAACCAUCUGUCAGUACUGCAAACGGCUGCUCAAAGGGCUUUUCCGCCAGGGCAUGCAGUGCAAAGACUGUAAAUUCAAUUGCCACAAGCGAUGCGCUUCGAAGGUACCAAAAGACUGUCUUGGAGUCUUCAAUGGAGAGCCGGCCAGCCCAGGUCCUGACUCUGAUACCACAAUGGAAGUAGAUAGCAGUGAUGUGAACAGCGAUAGCAGUCGUGGUCUGGACGAUUCAGAGGAACCUACCACUCCAGAAGACAAGAUCUUCUUCAUGGAUUCCCCGUUCAUGGACCGCGAGAAAGAUGAAGAACCUGUGAAGACCAUCAGCCCCUCUACCAGCACCAAUAUCCCCCUGAUGCGUGUGGUCCAAUCCGUCAAGCACACCAAGAGGAGGAGCUCCACUGUGGUCAAAGAAGGAUGGAUGGUGCACUACACCAGUCGAGACAAUCUCAGAAAGAGACACUACUGGAGACUGGACAGCAAGAGUCUGACUCUGUUUCAGAAUGACUCAGGAGCCAAAUAUUACAAAGAGAUUCCCCUGUCGGAGAUCUUGCAGGUGGAGGUUGCUCACGAUUUCAGUAGUUUAGCUCUGGGAGGCAACCCGCACUGCUUCGAGGUCAUCACCGCCACCAUGGUGUACUACGUAGGGGAGAACACCGGCGGCCCUCACCUCCACAUCCACAACCCUGCGCUGGCUGCCGGUGGCGUGGGGCUGGAGGUGGCCCAGGGCUGGGAGAGGGCCAUCCGCCAGGCCCUGAUGCCCGUUCCAGUAACACCACAGCCCAGCGUGGGCGCCGCUGCGGGACAGAGUAAAGAUCACAAGGAACUGUCCAUCAGCAUUUCUGUAUCAAACAGUCAAAUCCAGGAAAACGUGGACAUCAGCUCAAUCUAUCAGAUCUUUGCCGAUGAAGUGUUGGGUUCUGGACAGUUUGGCAUCGUUUAUGGAGGGAAGCAUAGAAAAACAGGCAGAGAUGUGGCCAUCAAAGUGAUAGACAAGAUGAGAUUCCCCACCAAGCAGGAGAGCCAGUUGAGAAAUGAGGUUGCCAUUUUGCAGAAUCUGCACCAUCCUGGCAUUGUAAACCUGGAGUGUAUGUUUGAGACUCCGGAGAGAGUCUUUGUUGUCAUGGAGAAACUCCACGGUGACAUGCUGGAGAUGAUCUUGUCCAGUGAGAAGAGCAAGCUUCCAGAGCGCAUCACCAAGUUUCUCGUCACACAGAUCCUCGUGGCUUUGCGACAUCUCCAUUUCAAGAACAUUGUUCACUGUGACCUGAAGCCAGAAAAUGUGCUGUUGGCGUCCGCAGAGCCAUUCCCUCAGGUAAAAUUGUGUGACUUUGGGUUUGCUCGGAUCAUCGGGGAGAAAUCUUUCCGGCGCUCAGUGGUGGGCACACCAGCGUAUCUAGCCCCGGAGGUGCUACGCAGUAAAGGCUACAACCGUUCCCUGGACAUGUGGUCGGUGGGAGUCAUCAUCUAUGUCAGUCUGAGCGGCACCUUCCCCUUUAAUGAGGACGAGGACAUUAACGACCAAAUCCAGAAUGCAGCGUUCAUGUACCCGCCGACACCCUGGAAAGAGAUCUCUGCAGAAGCUACAGAUCUGAUCAACAACCUUCUCCAGGUGAAGAUGAGGAAGCGUUACAGCGUGGACAAGACCCUCAGUCAUCCAUGGCUACAGGACUACCAGACGUGGCUGGAUCUGCGAGAGUUCGAGACGCGCCGAGGGGAACGCUACAUCACCCACGAGAGCGACGAUGCACGCUGGGAAAAGUACGCUUACGAGCACAGCCUGGUGUAUCCGAAGCACUUCAUCAUGGCUCCAAACCUCGACGACAUGGACGAGGACCCCUAGCGGCCGUGCGAGCCGAGCUGAAAAACGAGGUCAGAUGAAAGCAGCAACCUGCUAAUGGUCUGUUGCUGUGGAGAUUGAAACACAUCAGCAAUCUGAAGCAGACUUUGAGAGGAGGCCAGCGAGGUCGACCGCUCUCUGAACGUCAACAAGAGUCAUGGAAACUGCAGAUCCUCGCCGCUAAUGAAGAUGAAGGCUGUUUCAGAGCGUGGAAAUAUCCUCUGGGAGUGCGUUCAGAAGUCUUAAUGGCUCUUCUUUUCCAAACGGUGCUGUCGUGUUUGUUUCUUAUCGAGGUGUGUGUUUUCCGAAAUGUCAGAAACUCACGUUACGAUAAUAUAAAGGUUAGCAGCAGAUGUGAAUGAAGUAAAAACCGAACACUUUGGGGAGAACGACGCACUCGUUUAUAAUAGUGUUCACAGCCUUUUGUUUUAAAAGCGUCAAACUGGAAGUUUUUUAAAUUCCUAUUCUUUUAUGAUUAUUUUUUUUUAUCAUUUUGUCUUAAAAUAUAGGUUACACAGCAGACUGAAUGAUUUUUAAAGGGUCGGUUUUUUUGCACUAAACAAUACAACCACUGCAGCUGGUACAAUUAAACGAAUCGCGUGACGUCAAAGCACACCGUUGUUGAAAAAAAUCCAGAAGUUAACGCUUGUGUCGACGGAUGAAAGGACAGCUACGGUAUGUUUGAACUCUGGAUUGAAUCUUCCAGAUGGAAUGGGAGAUCAAAGACGUGUGUGUCCAUCGUGACUCUCGUUCUUGCGUCGCUUUAGAGCUGUUUUAUCCUCAGAGCCAUUCUUUUUAUUUAUUCCUCGUACCGCAGUCUUAAAAUCUAAUACCAGCUAAGCGGUGCAGAAAGAUGCGUUGGUCAAAAGCCUACUGUGAGAAAGCUUUACGACGUCUUAGCGAAAACUCUUUUAAUACAAAAAAGUAAUGUAUUGAAAAUAACUGCUAACAAUUUUUAUUAGAAAAAGACGAACGAUGUUAUAUCCUUUUUUGUUCCUUAACUUUUUUGAUAUGGUAGAGACUGUACCGAAGAUUGAAUCUUUCUAUGAAUCCCCAGAACUGGAAAACCUGAAAAAAUAUCUUUGGUUAUUGAUUUUUUGUUGUUGUGAACAGCUGCGUUAUUAAAAUCGAGCUGGAUAAAUUGGCGCAUUGUACACACAUCCCUCUACACACACACACACACACACAACCUAGUGAAAAAUGAACAAUUGUGAUGGAAAAGAAGCCAUUUUACUAACACAAUGAAAUAUGGGAGAAAAGGAUUCUAAACCAUCACGUCUUGAUCUCUAUGUUGCCGCUGGAUUGGCAAGUGUCAGUGUUCUGUAUAUUUUAGUAGAUACUGGUUCAAUAAAAGCUAUACACUCCAUGUGUUUGGGGUGUUUUUUCCAUUGUUGCUGACAGGGGCGGAGAGAUCUGACAAAAUGACAAAAGAAUCCGUUUUCUGCGAUAAGAUGUUAACAUUACAAAUUCGUUUCCACGUGAAGGCCAGAAACACCAGCGUGUGAACGCAGAUGUACUUGCACUGAGAUAUUCGUUCAACUUCAAGUAUGCACACUGACCAACAUUCACAACUACAUUCAUGUACUUUUAUUUGAGUACGGCUGCAUCUGAAUAUGCGUAUUUCCCUAAUAGGUAAAAAAAAACAGUAUGUGAAAGAGUGACACGGUCUACUGCGUGCAUCAGUCGUCUGAAUUAAUAUUGCAAGUAAAAGGCCUUUUAGUUAACAAACAUCUACCUUCAGCUUGUGCUUCAGAAGUUCAUCACUGUGCAUUGUAUUUAUAUGUUUUGAUAAUAAAACUAAGCAUUUAAAUUUCA